GUUGGAUACUCAAUACUGUUAGGUCUACAACUUCUUAAGUUGAAUAAAUCAAAUCAAACCAACGCCUACUUUUUUUGAUUUUCCAUCUUCUCUCUCUAUUUUCUAUCCUUCUUCCUCAAUUUUCUUAAACCCCCUUUCUCUCUUCUCUCUACUUUUCUUUAUUUUCUCUCUCUACCCACCAUUUUUCUUCAAAGCAAAGCAUCGAAUUUUCCUUAUCACCAACAUAAACUUUCUUCUGCCAACAAAACCCACUAAAAAAUCACAGUAAAAAAGCACUUUAAUGGUAAUGGAAAAAAUGCAGAAUCCAAUUGGGAAUUUGGGUGGGAAAAUUUCACAAUCGGACCUCCGAGAAACAGCAUACGAGAUCUUAAUCGGAGCAUGUCGAAGUUCAACUGGGUCAAAACCCUUGACUUAUAUUCCGCAAUCAGAGAGGAGUUCGUCAACGGAGAGAGAAAGGAGUGUUACGUCAUCACUUACGACUUCUCCGUCUUUACAGAGGUCUCUGACGUCAGCUGCGGCGAGUAAAGUGAAGAAAGCACUUGGAAUCAGUAGUGGUAAAAGAAGUGCACAGAAAAAGGCGGGCACUAUUGGAGAAUUGAUUAGGGUUCAAAUGAAAGUUUCUGAACAAACUGAUUCUAGGGUUCGUAGGGCUUUUCUUAGAAUUGCUGCUGGUCAGCUAGGAAGACGGAUAGAGUCAAUUGUGCUGCCAUUGGAGCUAUUACAACAGUUAAAACUGUCUGAUUUUCCAAAUCAGCAAGAGUUUGAGGCUUUCAAGAAGAGAAGCUUGAAGAUGCUUGAAGCUGGGCUCCUCCUUUAUCCUCAUGUGCCCUUGGAUAAGUCAGACGCUUCUGCCCUGAAGCUAAAGCAGAUACUUCAAAGUGCGUCUGAAAGACCUCUGGAGACAGGAAAGAAUACAGAGUCUAUGCAAGUCCUUCGAACUGUGGUCAUGACUCUGGCAUGUAGAUCCUUUGAUGACCAGGCUUCAAAUACGUGCCAUUGGGCAGAUGGGUUUCCACUGAAUAUUCAGCUAUAUCAAGUUCUUUUAGAGGCUUGUUUCGAUGUAGAUGAUGAGACGUCUAUUAUUGAAGAUGUUGACGAGGUUUUAGAACUUAUCAAGAAGACUUGGGUUAUUCUUGGCAUGAAUCAAGAAUUGCAUAACAUUUGCUUUUUGUGGGUUCUGUUUCAUUACUAUGUGGAAACUGGUGAAAUCGAAGACGAUCUCCUGUUUGCAGCAAGCAAUCUUAUAACACAAGUUGAAAAUGAUGCCAAGACUGUAAAAGAUCUCGACUAUACUAAGGUUUUGAGUUCUUCACUAAGUGAAAUUUUGGGGUGGUCUGAGAAACAGUUAUUGACUUACCAUGAUACGUUUAGAAAUGGGAAUGUCGAGUUGAUGCAAAGUGUUGCUACUUUAGCUGUAACCUCAGCUAAAAUACUGGUGGAGGACAUAUCUCAGGAGUAUCGCAAGAAGCGGAAAGAGGUUAAUGUGGCCCGUGACAGGGUUGAAACCUACAUUAGGUCAUCUGUUCGGACUGCUUUUGCUCAGAAAAUGGAGAAGAUCAAUAUGAGCAAGCAGUCCUCUAAGCAUCAGCAAAAUCCGAUACCUGUUCUUUCACUCCUUGCACAAGAAGUUACUGAUUUAGCGCUUAACGAGAAUGAAAUUUAUAGCCCUGUAUUCAAAAGAUGGAACCCUCUUUCAUCUGGUGUUGCUGUUGCUACUCUUCAUGGCUGUUUUGCCAAUGAACUAAAGCAGUUUGUUGGUCGCAUCAGUGAGCUGACACCUGACGCUGUGCAAGUACUAUUGGCUGCCGAUAGGCUGGAAAAGCAACUCGUACAAAUUGCUGUGGAGGAUGCUGUUGAAAGUGAUGAUGGUGGGAAGUCAAUAAUCAAGGAAAUGCCUCCAUACGACACUGAAGCUAUCAUAGGAACAUUGGUAAAAUCAUGGAUCAAGACAAGAGUUGAGCGGCUUAAAGAAUGGGUUGACAACUAUCUUAAACAAGAGGUCUGGAAUGUGCAAGCUAACAAAGACCGAGUUGCCACAUCUGCUAUAGAAGUUCUGCGUAUUGUUGAUGAAACUUUAGAAGCAUUUUUCCUGUUACCGAUACCUAUGCAGCCAGCCUUGGUUACUGAAUUGACCAACAGUCUGGACAGAUGCUUGCAGCAUUACAUCCUGAAGGCGAAAUCUGGCUGUGGGACUCGAAAAAAUUACCUACCAAGCUUGCCUGGUUUAACUAGAUGUUCAGCUGGCUCUAAGUUCUUUAAAAAGAAGGAAAAGUCGCAAAUACCAAUGAGAAGAAGAUCGCAGGUUGGAAGUACAAAUGUGAAUGAUCUUUUCGGGAUAUCACAGCUAUGUGUCCGUAUCAACUCAAUGCAGCGGAUUCGCUCUGGCGUUGAUGCGUUGGAGAAAAAGACCAUUACCUACCUGAAAAGUCCAGGAUCUACCGAAGUUGAUGUUAAAGGGGUAGGUACAAAGUUCGAACUCUCAGUUUCCGCUUCUUUUGAAGCAAUCCACCAACUCUGCGAGUCGACUGGCUACAAGAUCAUCUUUCAUGAGCUGAAUCAUGUUUUAUGGAACGCAUUAUAUGUCGGGGACGCUUCUUCUUCUAGAAUUGAACCGUUCCUUCAGGAGCUUGAGCAUUAUUUGGAAACUAUCGCAACAACAGUGCAUGAUAGAGUCAGAACUCGUCUCAUAACUGAGGUUAUGAAAGCUUCAUUUGACGGGUUUUUGUUAGUUUUGCUCGCUGGAGGCCCUUCUCGUGCUUUCACACUACAAGACUCCGUCAUCAUAGAAGAAGAUUUCAAGAACUUAUGUGAUUUAUUUUGGUCCAACGGGGAUGGUUUGCCAUCGGAUAUAAUCGACAGAUUCGCAAGUAAUUUGAGAACAAUCCUCCCUCUUCUACGCAUGGACUCCGAUAGCUUGAUCGAGCGAUUUAAGCUAGUGAUUAUGGAAAAUUAUGAUUCUGCGGCCAAAUCUAGGUUACCUUUGCCUCCGACAACUGGAGAGUGGAAUGCAACUGAACCAAAUACGCUUUUGCGAGUUCUCUGCCACCGAGACGAUGAAGUGGCAGCAAAGUUUCUGAAGAAGACUUAUGGUCUGCCCACAAAGUUGAGCUAGCGUUGUAUAUAUCUCAACAAGUUAUUCAUACAAGCUCUUGAAGGAUACAGUUAACUUAAUUUAUGCUAAUAAAGUUUUAGUUGUUUUAGUUAUUUAUAAAUACUUGUAAAUAUAUAUAAUUUGUUUCUGUUUAAAGCAGGGGUGAUCUGAAAUUAAAUUUUGUAGUCAUAUAUUUAUUAUACAUAUUCUUUGAAUUUCUAUUUUUCUAC